GUUACUAGGCCACCAAUCUUAGGUUGCUUCAACUCGACUUGGGUCUGAAACUCCACUAGAUCCAAUUUCUUCUGAGUCGGUUUAACAGCACGCUCCACUUCAGAGGGUAAAUGCAUCCUUUCCUCUUCUUCAGUUUCAAUCCCUAAUUCCCUUCUUUCCAUUCCUUCUCUCGCCUCGAUUCCCAAUUCUCCAUCCUCAAUGCCUAACCCUAGGCUUCUUCUUUCCCCAAUUCCUUCGCUUUCUUCACAAUCAUGGUUCUCAUCCCGCUCAUCUCCUCCAACUGUAACAAUACCCGCCGUUGGAAUCGAUCCUUGUCCCCAAGGAUCAAACUCUGGAAACUGUCCUCUGAGAACAGUAUAGUCCUCCCACAAAUCACUGGUUUCAUCAAGGUUUCUCCAUCGCACCAGCAACUGAGUUACAGGAGGUUCCGUUGAAGAAAUGACCGAGUCACCCACAUGUUUCUUCAGGAGACUGACAUGAAAAACUGGAUGCAUUCUAGAAGAAUCUGGUAAGUCCAAUUUAUACGCAACUUCACCAAUUUUCUCAAUAAUUUUAUAAGGACCGUAAUACUUUGCUGCUAAUUUUAAAUUCUUUCGCAGGGCCAGUGAAGUUUGGCGAUAUGGUUGCAGCUUCAGGUUACUGGGCCACCAAUCUUGGGCUGCUUAAACUCGACUUGGGUCUGAAACUCCACUAGAUCCAAUUUCUUAUGAGCCGGUUCAACAGCACGCUCCACUUCAGAGGCGUAUUGUUCUCAUUUUUUGGAAUUAUCUUCUUUUUUGACAAGGGGUUGCUUGCCAUGGGAAAUAUCCUUUUCAUAUCAGGAGUGACCUUAAUCAUCGGUCUGAAAUCCACCAUGCAAUUUUUCAUGAAGCGCCAAAAUUUUAAGGGAACAAUUUCAUUUUUGGUUGGCUUCUUUUUUGUGAUCAUUGGAUGGCCCAUCCUUGGCAUGAUAUUGGAGGCAUAUGGGUUUAUUGUGCUCUUCAGUGGCUUUUGGCGAACAUUGGCAGUGUUUAUACAGAGGAUACCUUUUCUUGGUUGGAUUUUCCAGCAAUCAUAUAUCCGAUCCUGGUUAGACCGAAACCAGGGAAAGCGGGUACCUGUGUAAAUCCCACAUACAAGAGAAAGUGGAAGGAGGGGUAGCCCAGUAAGUCUGAAAUCCAUGUUAUACGAGUGUUGGGAAAAAUAUUCUGAUUGAAGAAUUGGAGAAAAGAAAAGAAAAACAAAAGUAAAUGCAGUAAUUCUAAGCAACUCUGACUUGUCUAACCAGGUUUUGUUUGCUGACUUUAAAGAGGAGAGUUGAGUUGACCAUUUAAGGUCUCAUAUAUUUUCAAUUUAGACGGGCUCGGAUUCUUUCGAUUUAUUACUUUUACAAAUACUAUUU